CGCGCGCGCUGGGCGGGCCUGGCUGGCGGGCCUGGUUGGAGCUUGACGAGGUGAUGGAACACAUUAUACGUGAACACUUGGGCAGGGUGGGUUUGGAGGCUGUGAGAGAGGAACUGAGGGCAAUGAUAUACCGACCAGUGUUGAUUAGAAGCGUUGCGACGAGUGCCAGAAAGGUGGCGGCGAAGCCGACGUCCACGGUGAAGGCGGCAUCGAGGAGUACGCCGUCAGCAGCGGCUACCAGGACGGUGAAGGCAGCUGGCGGCACUACUGGUGCUGGUGUUGGAAGUAGAACUGUGCCGGUUAAGGCCAAGGUUGUGGAAGAGGAGGCAAGUGUGGAGGAGGACUUGCCCUUCAAUCCGCCGGAGUUCAAUCUCCAGGUUGGACAGUCCCAGCGAGACUUGGAUACCAAACCAUCAGGUUUGAAGUCCAAGAAGCUGGAUGACUUGUUCAGAGGGACGCUCCAUGAUAACCCUGAACACGAUUCUCCUGCUGUCUCGUCUACAGCGGGUGGUGUUGAUAUACCCUGGUCGACGUCGUACUAUGGGCUGGGCUCUGCUCCGUUCAGCAAGGAGACCCAGGAGUUGUUAUCAGAGAAGGUUGACGUUACAGAUAUUGAAAUCAAGCCAGAUGGGUUGAUAUACCUACCGGAGAUCAAGUAUCGUCGUAUCCUCAACAGGGCGUUUGGAGCUGGUGGAUGGGGGUUGGUGCCACGCUCAGAGACCUUUGUAACAGAUACGCUAUUAACGAGAGAAUAUGGCUUGAUUUGUAUGGGAAGGCUGGUGAGCAUCGCAAGGGGCGAACAGGAUUACUUUUCACAGGAUGGUAUACCCACGGCGACUGAAGGUUGUAAGAGUAAUGCUCUCAUGAGGUGUUGUAAAGACUUGGGGAUUGCCAGUGAACUGUGGGAUCCAAACUUCAUCAGAAUGUUCAAGAAGGAAUACUGCGAUGAGAGGUUUGUCGAACAUGUCAGUACGAAGCGUAAACGUAAGAUGUGGAAACGUAAAGACCGUACGUUCGAUUAUCCUUAUAAAGUGUGCUAGUUUACUUGUCCCGUGUCCUGUGUGUAUAUAAUGCUGAAUUCAUACGUCCAUUGAUCGUUUCUGAAAUACAUAGAGUCCAUGAUUGGUAAAUUCCAACCAC